AUGAAUAACCCAAAUCAAAUUGAUAAGUCAUAUGUCCUCUCCCAAUUGCACUACAAAAAGAAGGAAUUUCCUCAAUCAUUCAAACUUCUACGAUAAUCAAUUGCAUAACAAACCUAUAAAACCAACCACGCACUUUUACAGCGAGUAUUCCCCAAGUCAUGGCAAUAUUAAUGUAUUCCCUUCACGCUAUCAACUUAUUGUAGUAUUGAGCAAAUAUCUGGAAGAGGAUGACAAAUUCGUUACCCUCCCUUUGAAAUCCAUCCUUCUAAACUGUUUGGAAUUUACACUUCACAAUAAAUUCCAAUGUUGCAUAACAUCAAAAUAAAAGGAAAAACUAUUUCGCUAAGUCAUUAACGCAGCCAAAUAAUCCUUAUUCAGAGAUAAGCAUUUGUUGGUUCGUAAAUUAUGCUUGUUACACAGCUAUUUUAAUCAAGAUUAUUAAUCAGUAAUCGACGACUUUUUGCAGUAACCAAGAGUGCAAUUAAAAUAUUACCAUCAAGCAUGUAAAUUAACUUUAAUCAUACACAGUUAGAUUUAUGGCUGAUUUUUUGGAUCAAUUUGAAGAAGGCAUUAAUCUCUACAAAUAGUACCUAAGAGAAAAUCCAGAUUCCAUCGAAGGUUACGAUUGUCUCUGUGAUUUAAUGCCUACUCUACAGGUUGAACUUUGGAACUAGUUCAUAACCGAUAAUCCAAACAAUAGAACUGGGUAUUUGAGAUUGCUGAACAUCCAAAAUGAAGCUACAGUGUUGAAGUUGUUUAUAAAGAAUAAUCCCAAUGAUCUCUAUGGAUUUGAAUAGCUGUGUCUUCUCGAUAGAGAUGAGAAUCAAUUAGAUUAAUAUUUACUCAAAUUUCCUGGCAGUUUUGAAGCCCAUAAUAAAAAAAGUUAAAUUGCUUUUCAAAUAAAGGGAAAAUUCAAUCCUCAGAUCCUUUCUGGUUACUUAAACAGUUUAGAUAUUAAGGAGAUAUGCUAAAUAAUUUAUUCAGACAUUGAAACUUGUAAUCUUCUCUUUAUAUUUAUUAGAUAAAUCGUAAAAUUAAUUGAUCAAAGGGUAUGAUUUAGAAAAAUUAAAGUAUCUUCUUUCCACUUACAUUUGUAAUCAAUCCAUAGUAGAAAAAUUGGACUUGUUGAAUUCUAUUGAAUAAAAGAAGAAACUUAUAGUUCAGAAUGAAAUAUUUAAUGAAAGUAAAUAUAGAUUGAUUAAUAAGUGAUGAACAUUAUCAUACCUAAGAUUUAUGAUAUUAAUCAAAUGGAGCAAUCGAUCUUAUAAAAUCGAAAUGACAUUAAAUUCUACAUUGAUAAGGGUAAGGUAUAAUCUUAACAUUUAGCCAAUUAUUAUUAUAAAUUGAAUCAAUUGGAUUUGGCAUUGAAAGUAUUUGAUGAUUACACCAAUUAAUUCCCAUGUUAGUUCAAAGGAUAUGAUGAGAAAGGUUGCUUUGAAUUUGUUAUUAUUUAAAGCCUAAUUUAUGAAAUACAAAUGCAAGCCAAUUCAAAUCAAAUAGCAUUGGGAGAAAUUCAUCUAAACAUGCCCAAAUGAAGAGCAGAACAUAUUGUUGAGGAAGGCAGAAAUAUUGACAACUAUUUUGAAGUAGCAUGACAAGGCUAUUUCUUUAUUGGAUUAACAUAUUAAAUUCUACCCUGGAGAUGAAAAUGGUUAUUUAGCAAAAAGUACAACAAUAUUGCUUAUCUUAAGUCAAACUAUUGCACAACUAAGGAAGAUAAAAAGAGCUUUUAAAUACGAUAGAUGAAUACUUCCAAUUAAAUCCAUAGAAUGAGGAGAUUCAAUUAUUGAAAGGUGUAAUUUGCAUGUAUAUUCUAGUUUAAAUGCUCGUAAAGAUAUAUUCCAAUGACGUAGCAUUGUAAUUCAUUGAUUCACUGCCAUAUUAGCAUUCAUUGAAGUUGGUGGAGAUGAAGGCUAAAAUACUAGGCGAGAAGAAGAAGGAGGAUGGACUAAAGGUAUUGGAAGAGUACUAAAAAUGUAAUCCAAAUUGCAGAAAAGCGAAUAAAUUAAGGAGUAUUGAGUAUAAUUAAUGGUAGUUUAAUUUAUUCGAGAUUUCUUUGGAAAUUCGUACAUUCAGUGUUUGAGAGAAUUAAUAAGGAAUGAUCCAGAUUCCAUUAAGGGUUACAAGCUAUUUUGUAUUUAUUGAAUUAAUUCUAGACAAGUUGACUUUGGAUGAGCAUACAUUGUACGACGAAGCAAGAGAUUGGAUCGAUUUCUACAUAGAGACUCAUCCAGAUUAGAAGGAGAAUCAUAAAAUUCUAUUAGAUAUGUUGACAAAAAGGAGAUGUGACACUCUUAAUUAAGGGUGA